GGUGGACUGAGUUCCCUGAAUCUAGCUCUGGCAACGGCUGCCCAGCCCUCCCAAGGCCUGACCUUGAAGGAAAGCGUCACCUGGCAGAGAUGGGAGCAGCAGAAGGCGGGUUGCCUCCGGCCACGGAGGGUCCAGCCCAGGCCCUGCUGUGGGAAUGUGGGACGGAGGCCAUGCAGUGGGGGAACAGCUGGCCGAGAAACAGCUGGGCGCCAGCCGCGGAUGCAGCAGAACUCAGGACCUGGGAGCAGAAAUGGCCUCAGCCUCGUCCCCUUCCACCUCCUCCUCUACGUCGACCCGGCUGGAGGGUCUGGGCACCACAACCAGAGCACCCCCUGCUUUGGCGGCGACUGCUAAUAUUGGCCCAGCCAGCGGAUCAUCGUCCGGGCAGUUUCGGCAGAGAGUCUUGGGCACCAGUGAUUCCCCGGUCCUCUUUAUCCACCGUCCGGGAGCUGCGGGGACUACGCAGCGACUAGAGUACAGGGGCCGAAUAAUCACCACUGAGCUCGUGAAGGAGGAGGCGGAUCCCAGUCCCCAGCCCCAGGAUCCCAGUUCCCAGCCCCAGGAACCGGCAUCUCCUCCGGCUGUGCCCCCUGCUCAGCCUACCCCUCAGCCUGAGCCCCAGCAGGUCAGGGCAGCCAGAGAGCCCAGUCCAGAGGUGAGCUGCUGUGGCCUCCGGUCCAGGAGAUCUCCUCGCUCCCAGAACUGAAGCCAGCCGGCUGCCAGCACCAGCCCCUAA